GUUGUUUGGGAAAAAGGAUCUGGCAAAGAACUCACCUGUCCCUUGGUAUCUGCCUAUAGAUACAAGUCACGUCUUGAUCAGCAGUUUCCGUUUGACGGCACUCAGACGUUUUUUUACCAGAAACAUGGUGACAGUUCUAGAGAAACUUGGAGUUGCCCAUAAAGGAAGUCAUCUUUUUUCCCUUUUUUGUUUUUACAUGAAAGAGAUUUUCACGUCUGUAUUUCUACGAAGAUGGUCGCUCUCUCCUACACGGUGCCGUGGCGUCCUACCAGCCCGAG